AUAAAUGGAGACUCGUAAUAUUCGUAAUGUGUUGCCAUCUGUCAAAGAAUAAGUUUGAAAAUUCGCGCGCAUUUACAGUCGAUAACAAGCGCACUCCGUCGAUAAGUCAGCUGACAUAUCAGCUGAUCGGCAUACCGCUUUGUAUCAAAAAUGACAGAAAUGUGCUCAUGCGCAUGUAUGUUAACCGUCGAUUUUUUAAUUCUUUUACAGUUUAUCGAACAUUGUGCUUUUAUUCGCUUAUUCUUGUCUGGUAUCUAUAAUAAAAAAUAUUACAUUUAUAUGAGAAGAGAGAGAGAGAGAGAAAGGACAGCCAUUUGAUAUAUCGAAAUUGAGAAGAAAAUUUCAGUAAUAACUAUCGGCAAUGUCACGAGAAGAGAGUAAUAAUGGAACGAUUAUUUUGUAAACGAAUCAAUUGAUUUAAAUAGAUAUUUACUUUGACGUAUACCACGAAGAAAUUGUCAAGAGAAAUUGUGUCGGCGCGAUGUGUAUCUUUAUUGUCUGGUUUAACUUUGGCCGAAAAUCAUUUUGUUCUCGUAUCUAAAAAGAUAUCUUCUAUUCUUAGAAAAAUCAUUAUUCGUCAUAUAUUUGUCAUUCAAUGCUAAUUUUGACACUUGACAAUUGUCUAGAAUAUGGAGGCAGAGGAAGUUAUACAAAAUAUUUUUGGAAUUAAUGAUGCCAUAAUAAUGUCAAAAACUAAAUCCAAAACGUCCAACGUAAAGUUUUUGAGUACUUCAGAAAGUUUAGAUGUGGUUAAGAUUUUCAUUAACGAGACACUGGCUAAGUAUGCUUGUGCAGAAAAAUUGACAGACGAUAGGGAGGGUCGUAUAGGGCCUAGAACUGUCAAAUUUGAUGUUAACACGCAUACUGGCCUGUUCAUCGUUUCGCCAGAUAGAUCGAGUAUUAUUGCUCAAGGGAAUUUUUGUACAAUGAAGGCUAAUACAGCACUUUACAAAGGAAAAUGGAUGUACGAGCUUCAGCUUGGUUCUAAAGGUGUAAUGCAAGUAGGAUGGGGAACUUCACGAUGUAAAUACGAUAUGGAGAGUGGAGUUGGUGACACCGUUAACUCUUACGCUUAUGACGGUCACCGUGUUAGAAAAUGGAACGUGAUACCAACUAAAUACGGAGAGUCAUGGCUUACAGGGGAUAUUAUAGGAUGUACGUUAAAUAUGGAUGAUGGGACGAUAGAUUUCUAUAGAAAUGGAAGACAUCUUGGGACAGCAUUUGAUAAUAUAUCCAUGGGUCCUGGUAUUGCUUACUUUCCAACUGUAAGCCUGACAUUUACCGAAAAUGUCACGGCUUUUUUUGGAGGCACUCCUUUAAGAUAUCCCUUAGAAGGUUAUCAAGCUAUUCAAGCUCCGCCAGAAUCGCAAGUUAUACAAGCUACAUUUUUAUUUCAAUGGUUUACCCGUGUCAUAGAUUACGUAGUUAGUAUAAAACAAACAAACGUUUCGUUGACUGAUAGAUCAAUGACAGUACAUGCAUUUCUCAUGUGCAUUGCACAAAGCAUCUUAAUGCAUAUCGGUCCUUUGCUUACCAUUCCAUAUAUCGUCGAAGGUGUGUUCAUUCCUUUUUUACACGAAAUAUCUGGAAUACAAAAAUACGGAGCAAGGGACUCGUUGAAAUUUCGUGAAAGUAAAGUAAGAUUAAUGACUUGCUUAGAUCUUCUAUGGACUUUUCUAGAGGAACGAGAGAUGAGGUCUUGCUUAGACAGUACGCUCAUCUAUCUCUAUUCGACGUUCAGGCACGUUUCCUUUUUCCUUGAAUAUUCGAAUCAGUAUAAUAGUUUAAUACUAUUGAUACAAUUUUGUCUACAUACCACGACUCGGCAACACUUUCUAAAGUACCUGCUUUUCGAUCGUGUGAGAUUUGCAAAUUUUAUUCACAUUAAACCAAUGGACGAUGUUGGUCUAGCAAAUGUAGUUCAGCAACCUUGGUGGGAAACCAAUCCAAUAGAUCCAUCUAUUGCUAUAAGGAAAGAUGCGUAUAUAGAAGCGUGCGAAAGUAUUAAAGACUCAGUAGAGGAAUUAGAAAAUAUACAAAUUUGGUUAUUAAUGACUCUGCUUGAUAAUUCCGAUGGUACUCCCAAUAGACCUACAUCGAGGACUAUUUUUCUAAGAAAAUUCAAACGUUUCGUUCACGAAAAUCUAACAACGACUCGUACAACGCCGCAUCUCCAGACUCCUUUGGUUCUUAGUCUCUGUUGCUUUCAUCGGCUUUUGUCUGUAUUCAAAUACUUAUGGAACGAUGAAAUUGGGGUCAGCCCCGUUUUCGUACCGUGCAAAUUAUUCUACGAUGGAUCAAUCAAUUACUCCGGAAUUGACAGAUUGGGAGGAGUGUUAUCUCACUUGAACAAGACCUUCAGAACAGAAUUGGUUCAAAUUUUGGGUCCAAAUCACGAAGUGAUCCUUUCUAUGGAACAAUCGCAAGAUCAACAACCGUUCCUCGCAAGACUGUCGGAUUUACCAGUCGUCAUACCUGCAUUCGCUCACAUGAUUAAUGUUAACGCAUCAGCACAAGGAAGUACCAUGUUAGUGGAAAGAAUGGGAUAUUUUAGCAGAGAGGACAGAACGCCACUGCGUUUAGGUCCAUUAGACGCCGCCGUGUCUCUGUUAGAAUUAUUAGAUGGGAUUAUAUUGUUUUAUCACGCGGCAGCGAGAAAACAAGUGGCAAAACUUGCUGUUCUUAAGGACAACAUAUCUGAAUUUGAAGCCGCUCUUUCCGAGGCUAAAAAAAGAUUGGAUUAUAUUAUCAAUUACGAGGAUGAGACGUCUCAUUUAAUUCAGGAAGAAUUAUUACGUUCGAUAGAGGUGUUCACUAAAAAAUUGUCCGAACAGGCAAGACAAAUGGCUUGGAUUCGUGCCGCAGUAUUCUCGGAGGAAAAGCUAGGAGAGCUGGCUUGGUUUUUAGAAAUGCUAACGUUAACGUUACAAAAAGCAAGCGAAGAAGGCAACAUGUUCAGUUUUGUACCUGAUUUUUAUCUCGAAACGCUUUCCGAUUUAUGCGUUAGUAUACGUAAUCAUAUUCAUCCUACUAUGCCGAUCGAGACGAUACCAGAUUAUCAGAAGAUGUUAUUGGACAUUGCUGAGUUCCUUUGCUCCCAUUAUCUUGAUCCACGUAUCGUUAAUACUAAUUCGAAAGAGAUAUUAAUGAUAACAUUUGCUGGAUUCAUGUCGAAUCCCAUUACACUCGAGGCGUUAGAGAACGUAUCUCUAGAGAAUAGAUUGAAGGUAGUCGGAAAUCUAUUGAAACCCUUUGAAGCUAAAACAUGGGCUCAGUCCAACUGGAUACUCAUGAGAUUCUGGCAAGGUCAUGGAUUUGCAUUUCGUUAUGAAAGAAGUCCACAUUUAUGUAGGAAAGUCGGACCGAAAUUAUUGCAACAAGAACCUAUGCAUCAGUUGCUAAGUGCGUCCUUUCUUGAUUCUUACUUAUUAGUAAUCAUGAUCUAUAAUUUAUUCCAUCAGCCGUUAAAACCUUAUCCUUCUCUAAUAUAUCAAUUACAUGUAAGAGAUGGAUUAUUAGGGAAAUCACAAAAUACUGUACAAUUUUUAAAUUCUUUGUUGAAUCAAUUAAAUUGGGCUUUCUCAGAAUUUAUCGGUAUGAUACAAGAGAUUCAUAAUAUUUCGUCAAGACCCGAAAGGGUAUUCAUUGAGUCCAGACAACUCAAAAUCUGUGCUACUUGCUUCGACUUGAGCGUUGCAUUAUUAAGAGUUUUAGAAAUGUUUUGCACAGUGGCACCGGACAUAUUCAUUGAUCUUCGUCAGUCUUCUAGAGAAAAUUUAUUAUCCAGAUUAUGUCAGUUACUAUGUCAAAUAUUAAACAGGAUGAGCUCUCAAACCAGUUGCUUUCAACAAGUUGUACUAUUGGAAAUUCCGGAUUUAGAAUUGAUAGAUCAUUUUCCAAUACUGACGGCAGUUGUCGGGAUAUUGUUGGCAUUACUUAAAGAAGACAUGGCAGCAUUUACGCCAAGACCAUCGGCCGAAGUCCCUAAGGUUACGCGCACGUUAUUAAUAGAACCGAGUUUUCAAAUCAGUUCUUUGUACUUCGUAUUGGGGGAAAGUAAUAUAAAAAUUCCAAAGGACAAAAGAAAAAGAAUAAAGCAAUUUUCAUUUUUGAACUAUGAAGAUUAUGUAACGGACGAAGAGAUCAGUCAAGUCAGAGCAAUGAUAAAUUAUUUGGAUUACUGUCGUGAUAUCUUACCAGAUUCAAAAGUAUUAAUGGACGAUGAAAAUAUUUGUACCAUUUGUUAUGCCUUUCCAAUAAGCGCAAAGUUUAAACCUUGUAAUCAUGAAACUUGUCGCUUUUGCAUCGAUCGUCACCUUCUCAACACAAGAGAAUGCUUUUUUUGCAAAGCGACGAUAAGUAAAGUUAUCGAUCUUUACGGUAAUACUUUACACGACUUUUCUACGGAAUCGACAAGUACCAAAGAAUCCAUGAUCCAUUGAUGGAAACGUCAUCAAAAUCAUGUACACUCUGUUACAAGAAGUAUAUUAAACAAAUUUGAAAUUAUACAAGUACAAUUGAAAUUAAAUUCUAACAAAAGCUAUUAUGUAAAAGGUAAAUGUUAUAAAAUAUUAUAAUAAAAUAGGAGUUUAUUUA